AUGGAGGAGGAGAUGCAGCCGGCGGAGGAGGGGCCCAGCGUCCCCAAAAUCUACAAGCAGCGCAGCCCCUACAGCGUCCUCAAGACGUUCCCCAGCAAGAGACCGGUGCUGGCCAAGCGCUACGAGAGACCCACCCUGGUGGAGCUCCCGCACGUGCGGGCGCCCCCGCCGCCCCCGCCGCCCUUCGCGCCGCACGCCGCCGUCUCCAUCAGCAGCAGCGAGCCGCCGCCGCAGCAGUUCCCGGCGCAGAGCUCCUACACCCCCGGGCCCGGCCGGGCUGGGGCCGCCGCCGCCGCGUCGUCGUCGUCGCCGUCCUGCACGCCCGGCGCGUCCCAGGGCCACCUGAGGACUCCGGCGCCGCCGCCGCCGCCGCCCGCGUCCCCCGCCGCGUCCUCGUCGUCCUCGUUCGCCGCCGUCGUCAGGUACGGCCCAGGCCCGGCGGCGGCCACCGGCAGCAGCGGCACGGGUAACGACGGCGCCAGCCUGGAGCUCAGCGCAGAGAGCCGAAUGAUCUUGGAUGCCUUUGCCCAGCAAUGCAGUCGAGUUCUCAGUCUCUUAAAUUGUGGAGGAAAACUUCUGGACUCCAACCAUUCUCAGUCCAUGAUUUCUUGCGUGAAGCAGGAAGGCUCAAGUUAUAACGAAAGACAGGAGCACUGUCACAUUGGGAAAGGGGUCCACAGUCAGACCUCAGACAAUGUAGACAUAGAGAUGCAAUAUAUGCAAAGGAAACAACAGACUUCUGCAUUUUUGAGGGUUUUCACUGACUCUCUACAAAAUUACCUGCUCUCGGGGAGCUUUCCGACUCCAAACCCCUCGUCCGUCAGUGAAUAUGGCCACCUGGCCGAAGUGGAUCCUCUGUCAACCUCUCCUGUGCAUACACUAGGUGGCUGGACUUCCCCAGCAACAUCCGAAUCCCAUGGUCAUCCAUCUUCAUCUACACUGCCAGAAGAGGAAGAGGAGGAGGAAGAGGAAGGCUAUUGUCCUCGAUGCCAAGAGCUGGAGCAGGAGGUUAUUUCACUGCAACAAGAAAAUGAAGAGCUCAGAAGGAAAUUAGAGAGUAUCCCAGUGCCCUGCCAGACCGUUUUAGAUUACUUGAAGACGGUUCUGCAGCACCACAACCAACUCCUGAUACCACAGCCAGCCGACCAACCAACUGAGGGAAGCAAGCAGCUGUUGAACAACUAUCCUGUCUACAUAACGAGCAAACAGUGGGACGAGGCUGUAAAUUCUUCAAAGAAAGAUGGGAGACGGCUCCUUCGAUACCUCAUCAGAUUUGUUUUCACAACCGAUGAGCUUAAGUACUCAUGCGGCCUUGGGAAAAGGAAAAGGUCAGUGCAGUCAGGAGAGACAGGUCCCGAAAGACGCCCUCUGGAUCCAGUUAAAGUAACAUGCCUCCGAGAAUUCAUUAGGAUGCAUUGUACCUCCAACCCCGAUUGGUGGAUGCCCUCGGAGGAGCAGAUAAACAAAGUGUUCAGCGAUGCUGUAGGUCACGCCCGGCAGGGGCGGGCAGUGGGGACUUUCCUGCACAACGGUGGCUCGUUUUAUGAAGGGAUCGAUCACCAGGCUUCGCAGGAUGAAGUCUUCAAUAAAAGUUCCCAGGAUGGAUCUGGGGAUUAG